GUGCAAGGGAGGAAGAGAGGAAGGGAGCAAGAGAGAUGGGAGCAAGACAAGGGACGGAAGAGAGAGUAAGACAAAGCAAUGAAAUUCAUCUCAACAAUUUGCCUGCUGUUCCUCCUUCCGGCUCUGAGCCGCAACACCAGACAGAGGUAUAUGGACCUUGAGCAGAACCUGAAGAGCCUGUUCAAAGAGAGGAGUGAUGCUCUGCGCCAGAUGACCAAACCAACAUCAGCAUCAGAUGGCAUAGAACGAUACCUUCAGAAUUUGAAAAACGCUGAGACAGUACCGAAGAAAGACCUUCUGAAAAUCCUGGAACUCAGCCAGAAGCAAAGAGAUGAGAUGAGGUCUGUCCAGCUGGCUUUGAAAAAGAAGCUGGAUGAAUUCACUGAGAAUGAUAAGAAGCAGCAAGCAACGAUCAGUUUCCUCAAGAUGGAGACGGAGAAAAAGAAUAAACUCAUCAAGGUUUUGCAGCAGGAGAAUAAGAGUUUGAAGAACAAGCUUCUCUCUGGCAGCAAACUGUGUGGCAUCUAUGCGAAUGAGUCCAGAAAAAUCCAGGCACAACUGAAGGAGCUGCGAUACAGGAAAAAGGAUUUGAUUUUCAAGGGGCAGCAGCUAGCUGACCUGGAGUUCAGACUGGUGAAGGCCAAGAAAGAACUGGACAGGGCUGCAUUGGACAAGGAAUCCCAGCUCAAGGCCCUGAAGGACAUUGUGCAUGUAUGUUUUUCUUCUGUCCUAUCCAACAAGCCCUCCAAGAUCCACAACAUUUCGGGAAUAUCUUUCGACGGAUUUAAAUUCUACACACUUGCUAACACAUCUGCGGAUACUAUUCCUCAGCACCACGAUAAGGACGUCCCUAAGAUUGUACGCGUAGCCAAAAGUAAAGCCCUUUCGUAUAUGCAACCAACAAGGAAGGGAUGGUUCACAGGCUGCCGAAAGGAAAAGGUUAGCAGGAGUUGUCCUCAAACCAAGCCACUAACAGUAAAUAAUAAAGUACAAUCUCCUGAUCAGAGCCCAACAGCAAGCUGGAAACUACACUGAUAAGGGUUCUGAAGAUUUCUAGGAAAUACAGGGACCCACCGAAAAAAAAAGCUGGAAAAACACGACGAAGCAAAUGGAAUGAAAAGAUGUAAAUGAUCCCAAAGGACUUUUCAAUACUUUUGAUGAAAAUGCAGUUGUAAUUUGGUAUAAAAGCAUGCACC